AUGACCGUCAUGAAGUCACGAAUAUUGAGUUUUGUGAUAUUUGUGGCUCUGUCGUUACAGGCCACCCACGUUAACGCGCAAGAUCUACCCUGUUUGACUUGUCCAAAGGUUACCACAGCCAUUAACACAAUCAAUACCAUCACUGACGUCAGUUAUUUCUUCCGUGAUAAUGCUUCACUAAGCCGAACAGGACCACAAAAUAUCGCUGCUGGAAGUCUAGAUCCGUUUCAAGAGUCGAAAGCAAGUCUACCAGAAGGGCGGGGGAAGAAGAAGAAAAAAAUCAAAAACAAUUCGAUGAAUAUGAUGGUCGGCGGAAGCAUAAUGGCAACUUUCGUCGUGAUAUUUAUAUUCUUAAAUAUGAUAACCGUGACGCUCGGAAAAGCACUGCUUUUCACAUUUAUCGCCAAGUUUUUGAUAUCUGUAAAUUGGAAAUCAUCGGAAUCCUCGUCGAAAAAGAAACCUUCUCAUAAUGACAUAACAGUCUUAAUGACGUGAAA